CGCAGGACAGAAUCACUGUAGAACAUCGCCACUUUCCGGAUUUCAUCGUCGUCAUACACACCCUGCUGGCAUGAGAUAGCGACCAUUCACUACUUUUGAUCUCGCACACGCAGUCAUGGACGGUCCUCCCUCGCUCCUCUCCCCCUCGUCCGACCUCGCCCAGCUCCUCUCCUCUCUGGGCGUAUCCACCUCUUCCUCUCCAACACCCUCUUCCUCCACCGGGCCCGACCCGCUCCUCAUCGCCCGCUCCCGCCUUGCUGCUCUCAAGACCUCCAUAGAGUAUGGAACCGAGCAGCUCAAGAGCCUUGCGGGCAUCACACCUCUGAGCGCUUCCAGCGGCGAGGGACAAGUGGCGAUUCGUACCAGUCCGCCCAUUACUUCCAAGCUGUCAGAUGCAGCCGGCGGAAGAAAAGAGCCGCCGCCUUUUGUCCUCAUUGGGGAAGGGGAAGGCGGCGAGAUCGGAUUGGCAUGUGAGGGAGUGGAGAGGCAGGGAGUGAGCUACACCGUCUUCAACUCGAAGCACGAGGCGAUUCUCGCUACAAGACAGAUUGUCACUGGGCUCAUUGAGCAUUUUGAGACGCUGCGCAACCACCUGGUCAAGGAAGCUAAGGAACGGAUCGAGGAGACGAUGCAAGCGGCUCAGGCUGCAGGGGCAGUCGAGUCCCCUACUGGUGCUGGCCCCUCGUCAGCUUCCCUUGCACAUCUCCAACCGCAGGCCCCCCAGCCCGCUACGCUGGUGGACGAAGAUGGGCGGGUUCUCAACGAGGAGGGUCUGCCCUUUGUGGACUUGAAUGAAGAGCUGCCAGAUGAACAGAAUUCAGGAGGAGCUGGUACGUCUACGCGGUCCAUCCUUCCCACGUUUGAGCCUCAAGAGAAGCUCACGGGAGAGGCGAGGAAAAAGUGGAUUGAAAGCGUCUUCAGCAGGUUCGGUCAAGAGGACGAAGAGGAUGAGGAAGUAGACGAAGAGGAAGACGGAGAAGGCUCCACAAGACCGUCUGUCACCUCCUUUGGACCUUCGGAUACUCGCAUUUCGUCGCCUCCGCUUUCGUCUAGGUCGGCUGCGCCUUCAGUUCCUGCAACGCCCCCCGUAUCUCGUCCUUCUACCGAGGCGACUCCGCUCAGAUCGGUCCUGAAGCCUUCCUCGCGGCCUACCACUCCAAGACCAUCUUUUGGCUCGUCAGGCAUCCGGAAAGGAUUCCUCAACAUGAAUCCGAGCAGCCCAGCUGCUAUCUCUAGCUCAGAUCCACUCGAGGCAUACGAGGCUGCCACGGAGGCUGCGAGCGACGACGAGAGUGGUGGAGGAGCCAGAGGGCGAGCAAAGACCCUCAAGGCGGAAGAAGAGAGGAUGAGCAAGAGUGAAGAGUUGCCGUCUCGAUCUGCGCUGGGAGGUGUGAAGGAACGAAAGAGGAAGAAGAGCGUGAGGAUACAGAGCCCUGGACCAUCUGCCUUUAGAGAAAUACCGCCAAUUGAGGGUGGAAAUGAAGCUUCAACAGCUUUGACGAGCAGCAGCAGCUCCCUCCUCCCGCCCGCUCCGGUCUCCUCGAACGCGAGAUCCGCUUCUAGCCUACGAAACGAGGAAGAAGAUACAGUGAGCCUGGAAGCAGAGGCUGCACGGAUCCUGACCCUGCUCGGACCAGAAGUGGUUCAGGGCACUCCUGCCGGUGACGAAGCGCUGCGGAAGCUGAAUCUUGAGGAGGAAGAGCGGAGAGCGCAAUUACAGGCAGAGGAGGUCCGGAGGCUCCGCGAAGAGAAGAAGAGGGAAGCGGAGAAGGGCAGAGAGCAAAGGCCCGCGAUUGGUCUGCAAGUCAAGGAGCGCGAGAGAGGGACUGCUAGUACGAGCGCAGGGGCUACGAAGGUGCCAGCUGCUGUGCAGAAUGCGAAAGUCAGCGCCUUCAAGCGAGGUUUCCUCAAUGCUCCCUACAAGCCAUCGCCAUCAGCUUCGAAAGCCUCGACGUCGAGCUCUUCCUCCACAAAGCCAACGACGGCAUCUUCACCUGGGCCGAAAGAUCCAAAGGUCUCUCUCGGCAUGUCCGCACUUGACCGGUCCUUGAUCAAAGAUGCCCCUCUCUCUCAGGAGCGAGAGGCGAAAGGUUUACCACCAGCCGUUCCUCAUGCUCGACCUAGCAAGGCCUAUGCCGAGAAGCUGGAGAAGAAGCAGCAGGCAGAUCCUAUCACCUCUGCUGAGGAAGGCGCUGAGCGGCUCAAGGCAGCGAAGGUUGUCGAUACUGGCUCCGAAGAGGGAAGCAAAGUCCGCUUCAAACUUGCUGGUACUGAUGGCGGGGACGAAGACGGCGACGAGCAGGAGCGGAGACAGGUAGAGGAGCAGACUGCGAGUGCGAGGCAACGUCGAGAGGACCUCGAGGAAGCCGAAGCGGAAGAGGCUCAUCAUGAGGCUGCUCUCGUUGAAGUCGACGACGAUGAGGAUGCUGGUGAGAUCGAUGAGCACGACGAAGAGGCCUAUGCUCGUGCUGCCUAUGCUUCCGGCGAUCAUUCAGACGACGAAGGCGAUCUGAGUGCUGCCAAGCUUCGCCAGCGCUUCGACCUGUUUCAAGACGAGGACGAUGAAGACGAGCACGACUCAGACUGGGAUCUCGAAGAUGAGGACGACUAUGGUCCCGAUGAUGAUGAGGACAAUGACCCCUCGAGUCUGGUCACUGACCUCGAGUCCGCCGAGCUGGCUCGCUCCUAUGCACUGGCCAAAUCCCAGCAGAUGGCUUCUCGCUCACAGAUGACCGAGGAGCGUCGAAGAGAUCUCGAAAGGGCCAUCAGCGGAGAGCUCUCUCGCGGCCGGGACGCAGACGAGGAAGAAUCCGGAGGCGAUCUCUGGACAGAGGAGGAGAUCGAUGGCCGAGACCUCUCCUCUGUCUUGGACCCGGGCGAGGCGGCAGAGCGCGAGGGAGCAGGCCCGAACACGAAGAUGAGUCGCUUCCGCGCUAGCAGGAUCGUCAAAGCCCUUGGUAUGGGCGAUGGUGCAGUGGGCAAAGUCCCCAGUCGACCAGAAGCUGGAAUCAAGCCUGGAGCGGAUGAAGCUGAUCGACGCGCCGAUGAAGCGGGUCACGAUCUGGCCCACCUACUGGAAGGAGCUACCAACAUCGGACCCGAAGGUAGUACCGGCGCCCACGCUUCGACUUCCAGGCCUUCACGAGGAGCAAAUGGCAAGGAGCAGGAGCAGGAUGGUGACCAGCCUGUUCCACCCGUGAUGAUCCUUCCCUCUCUCACACCUCUCCGCUUCCCGCGCAAGGCCGGAGGACCUCUACGUACGGAGCCAUUGACGGAGGAGGACCCUCUACCCAGGGAAGGGGUAGAUCUGGAAGGAGAGACAGACGAGGAUGAGAAAGACGACAUGCUCAUGGAUAUCAUGCGCGCACGUCUGCAAGAGAAGCGGGAUCGAGAGGAACGCAAAGCCGAGGGAGGCUCACCAGCAAAUGCAGCUGCAAAGCCACGGGCAAAGGGGGAGAAUGGGAAGCGCCGCGAGGAAGGGGAUAUUGGCGAUAGCGGAAAGGCUAUGCCUGCACCGCCUGCGCUGAAGAGCAGUAGAGUCAGCAGCAACCCCAGUGUCAAGGAAAGUAAUGGCACAGCUUCACUUCUAAGCUCUAAUGGACUCACGCCGCCAUCUAAUCAUAGCAGCUCCCUCGUCGACGCAUCUCCUUCCGCUAGCGGGACGAAGAAGUCGCAGAGCAACAGCGACGCAGACACAAGAGCGCCUACUGCGGAGGCAAGCGAGGAGGCAGAGCCGAAGCCGAAGAUGUCAAAGUUCAAGGCUGCUCGUCUAGCUGCUGCUCAGGGAGGUGCGGGCACAUGAGCGACUGGGCGAGUGCUCGAUGUCUGUGUUGCGAAAUACAUACAUAUUGCUGAUUGUUUGCUGUGCGAGCGAUAGACAUGUGGAAAGCGUAUGAUAGGCUACAGAUGGAGGAAAAGCGUCUUGAAGCUCUCAAUGCAUCGAAAUAUCCAUUUCCUCGAUGUCCAACUCGUCACCGAUGUCAUCCGUGGUGUUAAAGUGCUUCCAGAGAUCCUCGUCCUCAUCCUCGUCUCCUGGCCCUUCUUCCUCUUCUCGCACGGAGUCUGUAUUGCCGACUCCGAGGUCAAUGAUUUCCGCAGAGCUAUCACCUUCCUCUUCUUCUGCAUCUUCACCCUCUCCCAACUGACCAAUUUCCCUUUGAUGUUCCAUCUGCAUUACCAUCUGCUCCUCCUCACGUCGACUCCUCGAAGCCAGCGCGUCCUUCCAUCUUUCCUCUCCCCUCUCAGCACGCCAUUCGCAUCCCUCACGCCACUCACACCCA